GAGAGAAAAAGAGUGAGGAGCAGGCAGUUAACAAGUUGAUAGGGGUUGAUAGGGGAGGAUGGGGGGCAGCUUGAGGUGCCGCGGUUCGCCUGACAGGAGCUAAACCUGGGGGAUGGCCGGGCACAAUCAUGGCUCUAGGGCAAGAGCAGACGCCGCCACCUCCUAAAAUGAAGCAGCCGGACGGAGCGGAGGGUUUGAGGAACGGCUACGUGAAGAGCUGCGUCACCCCACUGAAGCCGGACCCGCAGCGGGGCUUGGUGUGCUCGCUCUGCCGCCUGUGCAGCCUGGACUUGGCUGGGGCGUUAAGAAGGCACCGCUCCCCGGCUCUGUGCGCCCUGGUGGCUCUCGCGCUCUCCCUGUACAUAGCAGGAGGCUCGGGGAGCGGGGCGGCGCUGCUACUGCUGCCCCAGCGCACUUCACACUCUCUGCUGCUCGGCUUCACGCACACACUGAGCCCCCUGUUCAGCAUCGCCUGCGCUUUCUUCUUCCUGACUUGCUACCUGGCCCGGGCUAAGAGGGGGAGCGGUUCCCUGUGGCUGCUGGCCUUGCCUUUAUGCUGUUACUCUGGGGACUUGCUGGCCCCGGGGGAGCCCCAGCAGCUACAGGCGCACAUGCUGGGCAGGUUAGUGACCGUCCUGGCCUGUGUGGGCUUGUUGACCCUGUCCCAGGCGCUCAGACUCAGGCACAGUAUUGUGGUGUUGGUGUUCUCCAGCCUGGUGUGGCUCAUCUCCCUCACCAGCCUUAGCUACCUGCCCCCCGUGCUUAGAGCCCUUGGUGCCUGUCUGGUGGGGCUUGCUGGCUCUCUUCUGGCACUGGGAUUCAGCCACUUCUACCAGAUUAAGGAGGCUCACCCUAGGAUUGCCAUGGUGGAAGAAAAAGUGCCUGUAAUCAGACCUAGGAGGAGGUCCAGCUGUGUGUCUCUGGGAGAAACAUCUUCAACUUAUUAUGGCAGUGGCAAAAUGUCCAGGAGACCCUCCUUGCCUUGUAUAUCCAGGGAGCAGAUGAUUCUUUGGGAUUGGGAUCUGAAGCAGUGGUAUAAGCCCCAAUAUCAGAAUGCUGGAGGCGGGAAUGGAGUAGACCUCUCGGUUCUGAAUGAGGCUCGUAACAUGGUAUCUGACCUCUUGGUGGAUCCAUCCCUUUCCCCCCAGGUUGUAUCUUCACUACGGAGUAUUAGCAGUCUAAUGGGGGCUUUCUCUGGCUCAUGUAGACCCAAAGUUAACCCCUUUACACCCUUCCCUGGCUUCUAUCCUUGUACUGAAAUGGAGGAUACAAUGGAAAAAGGUGAUCGAAAAUUACACAAGGGCCUUAACAGUAGAAGCAGUCUGCCAACUCCUCAACUGCGCCGCAGCUCCGGGGCCUCUGGCCUGUCGCCUAUAGAUCUGGUGCCCUCGCGGUGGGACCGCAGCAAUGGUAAACGGACUCACCAGGAUUACAGCAGUUCAAGCCAAGGAUCGUAUCCAAAUGGACCAUUUAGUUCAAACCUGCUUACAAUACCAAAGCAAAGAUCGUCGUCUGUGACACUGACGCACCAUAUUGGCCCCAGGAGAGCUGGUACUUCUCCUAGCCUGAGUCCUGUGAAUUCACCAAGCCAUGGGUCAUCUAUCAGUGGCUCUCUGUUUAACCGAUCGCCUAUUGAGUUUCCUGAUACUGCUGAUUUUCUUACAAAGCCAAGUGUUAACUUACAUAAACCUGUGGGAUACACGUCAAGUUCUCAGGAUCUUUUACAGCAGAGCAGGUUAUCAUCAAGCCAUAUUUGUAACAGUUGUGGCCGUCAGAUUUUUAAGCCUCUUUCAAAUACUGAGCUAGCGGAGAUCAGCUCAGCAUCUGGGGCAGAAUACCAUGCAAGAACAUCAGGUGAAAAUGUUAGCAGCUGUAAUCUGAACGAAACUGUGUAUUUGAAAGAGAAGAAACAAGACAAACGAACAGAGAAAGACUACAGGACGUUAACAGAAAACCAUGGACAAUACACAGAUAGUAACCAAACUCCAGAGAUGGAGGAAGAGUCUUCUCUUGAACUGACGCUAACUGAAGAUCAAGAAUCGUUAUUGGAAAAAUUGGACAAUUGGAAUUUUCCAAUAUUUGAUCUUAUGGAGAAAACCGGUGGGAAAUCUGGAAGGAUCCUUAGCCAGGUGUCACAUGCCUUAUUUCAGGAUACUGGUUUAUUUGAGCUCUUCAGAAUCCCUUCAAGAGAAUUCAGGAACUUUUUCCAGGCGUUAGAAAAUGGCUACCGUGAUAUUCCAUACCAUAAUCGCGUACAUGCCACAGACGUCCUUCAUGCGGUGUGGUAUCUCACCACAAGGCCUAUUCCUGGAUUUGAGGAAAUUCACAGCAGUGAUUCAGAUUCAGAUAAUGGAGUUGGCCCAGCAUCUGUUUACCUGUCCUCAAAGACCUGCUCCAUUUCGGAUGAUAGCUACGGCUCUCUGGCAACCAACAUACCUGGUCUGGAACUGAUGGCUUUGUAUGUGGCAGCUGCAAUGCAUGAUUAUGACCACCCUGGCCGUACAAAUGCCUUCCUUGUAGCCACAAAUGCACCUCAAGCCGUUCUGUACAAUGACAGAUCUGUCCUGGAAAAUCACCAUGCAGCUGCAGCGUGGAACCUCUUCCUGUCUCAGCCAGAAUACAACUUUCUGACUUCUUUGGAUCAUGUGCAGUUCAAGCGCUUUCGCUUCCUUGUGAUUGAAGCGAUCCUUGCUACAGACCUAAAAAAACAUUUUGAUUUCCUUGCAGAGUUUAAUGCUAAGGUGAAUGAUGUAAACAGCAAUGGUAUAGACUGGAGUAAUGAAAACGACCGUCUCCUGGUGUGUCAAGUAUGCAUUAAGUUGGCAGAUAUUAACGGUCCAGCAAAAACUAGAGAAUUGCACUUAAAGUGGACAGAAGGCAUUGUGAAUGAAUUUUAUGAACAGGGAGAUGAAGAGGCAAGCCUUGGACUACCAAUCAGUCCGUUCAUGGAUCGGUCUUCUCCUCAACUAGCAAAACUGCAGGAAUCAUUUAUUACGCAUAUAGUAGGUCCCUUGUGUAAUUCUUACGAUGCAGCUGGUUUACUUCCAGGCAAAUGGAUUGAUGAAGAUGAGGAGGAAUUAGGAAGCGAGGAAGAUGAUGGUGAUGAUUUAGAUUCUGAAGAUGAAGAAAUGGAUGAUGAAAUGAGUCUGAAGCCGCAGAGAAGAAAAGGAAGAAGACGAAUGUUCUGCCAGUUGACGCACCACCUUCGGGAGAAUCAUAAAGUUUGGAAGAAAAUGAUGGACGAGGAAGAGAAAACUAAAGCAGAGACUAACAAGCAACAAAAUGAGAACUCCUCGUUACCUCAGUCUGAUGAAAUUCAGGUAAUUGAGGAAGCAGAUGAAGAAGAAGAACGACAAACUGGAGAGGAAAGAAAAUGCUGAGAGAACUUAGUUUUUUGUUUUUAGGAAUGGUGUGCAAUGCGAGAUACAAAGUUCUCACUGUGCUAACCUAAGACUGACACUUCAUACUGUAAUAUUGAAAGGCCUUAAUACUGUGAGAGGAUUUUUUCGCUGCCCCAGCAGUUUUCAACUCUAUGCACUUUCACCACAUGGAAUUUACAAACUUUAUAUUCAAACUUUGAUUAUUGUACACCUUGAUGCAAAGUCCUUUGUGCCCUAAUUGGUAUACAGAUACCAUUUUCUAAUGCUGCCUUGCUAAAUACAAAGUUCUUAUUUUCCAUAAGGUACCUACAAUCAUAAAAAAUACUGACUUCUCUUACCAAAAUGGUCACAGCUUUAUUAAGACUGGUGAAUUGGUGGAACUGUAGUUUGUUCUUAGACUUGUCAAGCCAUUAUGGAUUUUUUUAAACUUUGGAACAUGAAACUGCACCUGUAUUAAACAGGUCUGGAUGGGUGCUGUGACGUUUGGACGGUUAAAAAAAAAAAAAAUCCUAAUGCUUUCUUUGAAAGACUGACAUAAAAAAAUGUUCUAGUUUUUAUGAUUGGAAAAUCCCAGAUGCAUCGAUUUCUGAUGCCUUUUACUGUUGUGUAUAAUCUGCCAUUUUUUUCUAUUUUAAUUUACUGAAAAUGUUAUUUUUUUCCGGGUAUGCAAUGACUCUUUAAGUUCCUGUUUCCUUUGAGUUGCAGUUCUGUGGUAGACCCAAAACAAUCAAAAAAAGGAAAAAAAAAAUCAGAAAAGAAUGAAAGAAAAAGGAAAAAAAAAGCUUAAGUAUUUCAGUAAUGAAGGGAUGCUCUUUUUUUAUUUAGGCAACAAUAUAUAUAUAUAUAUAUAUAUAUAUAUAUUUCACUUUUACUCAGGAUUCAUAUUUAGAAAUGAUCUCAGAUGUAAAUCCCAGCAGAUUAACCGUGGCAAAUCCACACAUUUUAAGUAUUAUUGUAGAAUAUCUACAUAAUACAUUUACUAUUUGUACGCAUGCUUUUUCUAAAAAAAAGUCAUAAAAACAAAUAACUCAGACAUUUCAGAUGCCAUAGUAAUGUAACCACUCAUGCACCACAUCAUUUUGCAACACUAUUUUAAUCUAAUAUGUAUAAUUUUUUUCCCAUCAAUCCACAUUUUAUACCUGUGAUACUUGGCAUUUAAAAAAAAACACAUCUAGGCCAGUACAAAUAUUAAAAUGACUACUAUUUUCACUUCAUUUCUAAGGCUCAGGUUUGACACAUGGGCUACAAAUCUUAUGCAGGAAGCGUCACAAAAAUACUAUUCCAUAGAUGUCAUAAUCCCUAUUAUAAGCAUACAACAAUAAUUAUAACAUUUAUAUACAAUGUUUGAUGAUUAGAUUAGCCUUAGAGUAAGAUGGCUUUCACAUUGCUGCAUGAAACAAUAAUAUGCAACAGUUUUCAGUAUUUUUUUUCUGACCAAAUAUAUGAUAUAAGGCAGUGAUUUUUAACCUUUUUUUUGCCGUGGCACACUUUUUUACAUAAAAAAAUCCUGUGGCACACCACCAUCCCAAAAUUUAAAAAAAAUCACACAUUGUAGCCUAAUACAGCAUAUAUAUAUAUAUACACAUACACACAAACACACACAUACUGUAUGUAUUGUGCUGUUAUUCCAUGCCUCCUACAAACUACCCCUGCACUGGGAGUAAAAAACAAGCAAAGUUUAAAAAAUAUGUCACACUGUUGUCAGUCUGCCGUGGCACACCUGAGGAUCUCUCACGGCACACUAGUGUGCCACGGCACACUGGUUGAAAAACACUGAUAUAAGGAUAUUUAAAUAUGUGCUAAAAAGCCACUUUUAUAUAUUAAUUAGUAUUAAUUAGCCUUACUUGUGCAAAGUAAUUGCACAGCCACAAAUAUUUUACCAAAUUUAGCACUUCCAUUUUAAGUGCAUUCCCACAACAAAAUUGAUAUGUUUUAAUAUGAUUGAUGCCUUAAUACUAUGUAGUUGAUGCCUUAAAAACAGAUUUUUUCUAAUUGAUUUUCCUUGUGUUGAUUAAUCACAAGUGGUCCUUGGAAUAGUGGUGUGUUUUAUUUAACGAAGCUCCUCUAAUAACAUUUAACUUAAAUUAUAUUGUUGUAAAAGAGGGGAGGGGUUCUGGACAGUGAAAUGAAGGGGAGUGGUCUCAUAUAUUUAUAUUAAAAUCACAUUGAAGGUUGCCGGUUGAGCCACAUAGGCUGGAAAAAAAUUGAUUAUGUAAGACUGGGAUUUUGUAUUUAAUCAUAAUAUCAGGGAGCUUGAAAUCAUGUUGAUCAGUUCCACACAUUAAGAAAACCUGAUGACAUUGUUUUUCCUCAGAUAAUGUACUCAGAUAAAAUACAAUUUUUCAUUUAGUUUUCCACUAUAUAGAUAUGCAAUGAGCAUAAAUUCUGUAGAUGUUACAUAUAUUUUUUUAAUUUUUAAUAUUUUUUCCCCAGAUGACUUGUUUUAUCCAUAAAAAAACAUGUUUAAUUUUGUAUGAAAAUCCCACCCCUCAAUUUUUGUUAUAUAUAUUUUUAAGCUAGCACUUUCAUGCUAUGUCGCAUUAUUGAAUUUUGUUUUGAAAAGAAAAAAAAAACAACAAUUAAGGAACCCUGACGUACCUUUAUGAACUAAAUUUUGACAUAGUAAAUAAGGGUUACAGUGGCAUUUUCUGAAAGUCAGAUCAUCGCUCGAAUCAAUGAAGGAAAUUAAGAUAAAUUAAUUAAUAUUGUCUGAGAAAAUAAUGGAUUUCACAUGUGCAAAUUAUGUUCAUAUAUAUAUUUUUUGGUAUAUUACAAACACAUUUGUUAUUUAUUGUACACAGUCUGUGCCAAAACCGUUUCUCCACUUUCAUUACUGUCACCACCGCCUCGUUUGCAAUACUUAGGCAGUGUUUCCACAAACUAUUUCUACCAGUAAUAAAAUUAGCAAUUUUAAACAGA